GACUAUGAUUCUCUGGGCUGCACAUUUCUCUGCAGUGCUCCUCUUGGAGAAUGCUAUCUCACCCGUUUACCGGAAAAUCAUGUAGGAAGGUUUGUGCGCUCUCAUGCAGAAAAAGGGCUCGGACAGAGCUGCAAAAUGCCCGCGGGUCAUAAUUUCUCAACUGUACCCAUCAUGCUCCAGAUGUGUGUGAUGAUUUGUUUGCUGUCAGCGGUUGUCUCGCAGUCAACAAAUUCCUCAUCCAAAAAAGGCCGUAAUAUCACCAUCCACUCCUCCCAGCUGGUCUGCAGCCUGCCUGGCCCAGCCGGGCCUGCGGGGUACCCCGGAGCCUCUGGAUCUCCGGGGGCCAUGGGCCCCAUGGGGCCCCCAGGAAAGGAUGGCCCGGAUGGGCAGGACGGAGAGAAAGGAGAAAAAGGAGAUCGAGGUGAUCCAGGGAGAACCGGGAACCCAGGAAAGCCAGGUGUGAAAGGUCGUGAAGGCGUCAUAGGCAAGGCUGGACCUCGGGGGCUGAAGGGACUGCGUGGAACACCAGGGGUGGCUGGAAAACAGGGGACAAAAGGAGAGGUGGGCGACAUGGGACAGCAAGGAGCUCCUGGUGGCUGCAACUGCGGCAGCACAGCCCGAUCAGCCUUCUCCGUGGCUGUGACAAAGAGCUAUCCAAAAGAGCGAAUGCCCAUCCGCUUCAGCCGGAUCCUGCUGAAUGAGGGAAACCACUACAACACCACCAGUGGGAAGUUUGUCUGUGCUAUCCCCGGGGUCUAUUACUUCACCUACGACAUCACACUGGCCAACAAGCACCUGGCCAUUGGGCUGGUGCACAAUGGACAGUACAAGAUCAAGACAUUUGAUGCCAACACAGGGAACCAUGACGUGGCGUCUGGUUCUACGGUUCUCCAGCUGCAGCAGGCAGACCAGGUCUGGCUACAGAUCUUCUACUCUGAGCAGAACGGACUCUUCUUCGACCCUUUCUGGACAGACAGCACCUUUACUGGCUUCCUUAUCUACGCUGACCAGGACUUUCUCAAUGAGGCGGAUAAAAAAGCAAAUGCUCAGGCUGACAGUUAAUGCUGUAGUCCAGAAAAAUCUUUGUUUUGUUCCCUUAACUGAUUUCAAUCAAUAUCAAAACGAGAACUCCCUUCAGCUUCAGUCAGUUUCAGCUGUUUAACAAGUUCUGACACCAGGGGGUGCACAAGAAAAGAAACAACAUGCAGCUGCUAAGCCACUCAAAAAGGCUUUCAUUUUGAACAAAAUGUAUUUUGGCUUCAAUUUGUUGUUAUGCUCUAUCUGAAUAUUUUAAACAUUGACUCUAAUAGUCGCUAAAUUAUUUUAAUUCCCUUUGUUCUUUUAAAUUUGUUAUAGAAGGUGGUACAAUGUCAUCUUCUGUGAUGCAGUCUUUUUACUCACAAAAACACAGUUUUAACUACAACCAAAGCAAUAUUGUGAUAAUAAUGUUAUUCUAUUAUGUGUUCUUGAGUAUUUUGUAUAAGAUGUACUUUCUCUUGAUAAAAACAAACUCAAUAAAUGUAAACCUACAA